AGGCACACACGCGGAAAUGCACUCCACGGCUGCUAUCAGCAAGUUCUGUUCAGAUAAUGUUUGGCUAGUUUGUUCGCGCUCUUUUAGGAGCAACAAGCCGCCAGACUAGUGGGUGUAUAUAUAUAUAUAUAUUUAUAUAUAAAACAGUUAAAAAUGGCCUCUAUGGCAUUUUGUUGUGUCAAAAGUACAGCGCAAGCGACGUCGAGGCGAGGUUUCAGUCCAAAUGUCAAGUGCCUUUCAAGAGUCGCCAGACAGUCGCCAUGUUCACUACCGGGGACCAGGACUACCGGGGCUCGGUGUAUGUCCCACGGGGCCGCCGCGGGUGGGAGCAGGAGGGGAGCGUUGGCGCUGAGCGGCGCCGCUGUGGUCACCGCGGCCAUAGCGGGCUUGUUGGCCAACAACCGCCGCCACUUCCGGCAGGCUGACAUGGCCACUUUGGUACCGAAAGCCGCGGAGGAGACGGGCCAAGAGGGGGACAUCUUGACCAGGUGCCGGGGAUUCAUGUCUCCGCCGGUCACCGACGUCGCCGUGUUGCAGGGGAGAAAAGACGACAUGUGCACCAGGAUGGAGAUGCUCAUCAUGGAGACACAGGCCGACUUCUGCAAAGCCUUGCAAGAAGUGGACGGUGGGACCUUCCAAGUGGACCGCUGGGAAAGGAAAGAAGGUGGAGGUGGGAUCAGUUGUGUGAUGCAGGAUGGAGAAGUCUUUGAGAAGGCUGGAGUCAACGUUUCUGUGGUGUUUGGACACUUGACGGAAGAAGCUGCCCGGCAGAUGAGGAGCAGAGGGAAGGUCCUCAAAGGGAAAGAUGGCAAGCUGCCAUUUUGUGCCAUGGGUGUGAGCUCCGUCAUCCACCCCAAGAACCCCCACAUUCCCACCGUGCAUUUCAACUACCGAUACUUUGAGAUCGAAGAGGAAGACGGGUCCAAACAAUGGUGGUUUGGUGGCGGCACAGACCUGACUCCCAUUUACCUGGAUGAAGACGACGCCUUCCACUUCCACAACACCCUGAAGCAAGCCUGCGACAAACAUCACCCUCACUUCUACCCCGACUUCAAGAAAUGGUGCGACAGGUACUUCUACAUCCGCCACCGAGGAGAAACUCGGGGCAUCGGCGGCAUCUUCUUCGACGACCUGGACGCGCCCAAUCAGGAGGCGGCGUUCAGCUUUGUGAAAAGCUGCGCUGGCACGGUGGUGCCGUGUUUCCUCCCCAUCGUGCACAAACACCUCAGCCAGCCUUUCAGCGAGCAGGAGAAGGCCUGGCAGCAGGUGCGACGAGGAAGGUACGUGGAGUUCAACCUGGUCUACGACAGGGGGGUCAAGUUCGGCUUGGCCACGCCCGGAUCCAGGAUCGAGAGCAUCCUCAUGUCGCUGCCCCUCACCGCCAGGUGGGAGUACAUGCACGAGCCCGACUCUGGCACCCCAGAGGCCAACAUGCUGGAGGUGUUGCGAAACCCCAAGGAGUGGGUGUGACCUUUAAUACUAAGCACCUUGUUUGCCUUUUGGAUCGUUGAGCGGGUUAAAUGUCGGCCUUACCUUCAACAAACACUGGACAUGUUUAACUAGCACAACUAGUAGGAAAAAGGCUCUUCAAUAAAAGCCUUUAGAGCUGCAUUUGUUGUAACCUGGAUGCUAGGCUAACACGCCCUUAGAAUGUGCUGCCAAAGUAAAAGUAAUGUGCUCAUGACAAGAUAUUUCACUGCUCCCUUUGGAACUACAAGUGUAGAAUGCCUCAUUACACAAUUAUUUAUUAUGUAUGUUUUUACAGUCACAGAAAAUAAAUUCAUUUUACGGGGAAAACACAUUCAGUUUACAAGUUACCGUAAAAUCUACAAUGUUUUUUCACAACAUAUCCUGUAAAUGCAAACCAGUUUUUAUGGUUACUAAGAAAAACUAUUGUUUUUAUGGCAUAAUUCCGGCAACUGAGCUCACAGUUUUGAUGUAUAACUUGCCUUAAAGUCAUGAAACAAAAUGUUUAGAUUGUACCGUAUUUUUCGCAGUAUAAGUCGCACCGGCCGAAAAUGCAUAAUAAAGAAGGGAAAAAACAUAUAUAAGUCGCACUGGAGUAUAAGUCGCAUUUUUUGGGGAAAUGUAUUUGAUAAAAGCCAACACCAAGAAUAGACAUUUGAAAGGUAAUUUAAUAUAAAGAAUAGUAAACAACAGGCUGAAUAAGUGUACGUUAUAUGAGGCAUGAAUAACCAACUGAGAAGGUGCCUGGUAUGUUAAUGUAACAUAUUAUGGUAAGAGUCAUUCAAAUAACUAUAACAUAUAGAACAUGCUAUACGUUUACCAAACAAUCUGUCACUCCUAAUCGCUAAAUCCCAUGAAAUCUUAUACGUCUAGUCUCUUACGGGAAUGAGAUCAAUAAUAUUAUUUGAUAUUUUACGCUAAUGUGUUAAUCAUUUCACACAUAAGUCACUCCUGAGUAUAAGUCACACCCCUGGGUAUGACUAUGAAAAAAACUGCGACUUAUAGUCCGAAAAAUACGGUAGAUUUUACAGGAAAAACACAUUGUUUCCAAAAAGUUACCAUAAAAUCUACAAUGUUUUUUUACAACAUAUCCUGUAAAUGGAAACCACUGUUUUUAUGGUUACUAAAAAAAAAUUUUUUAUGGCAUAAUUCUGGCAACUGAGCUCCCAGUUUUGAUGUAUAACUUGCUUUAAAAUCAUGAAACAUAAUGUUUAGAAUGUAUGCUAAUAUAUUUGUUGCAAUAUUGGUUCAGUUAAUAUUAGGGAUGUACGAUAAUGGCUUUUUGCCGAUAUCCAAUAUUCCGAUAUUGUCCAACUCCUAAUUACCGAUAUCAACCAAUAAAUACCGAUACAUACUUUCGUGGAAUUAACACAUUAUGCCAAAUUUGGACAACCAGGUAUGGUGAAGAUAAGGUCCUUUUUAAAAAAAUUAUAAAAUAAGAAAUAAAUUAAAAAUUUUCUUGAAUAAAAAAGAAAGUAAAACAAUAUAAAAACAGUUACAUAGAAACUAGUAAUGAAUGAAAAUGAGUAAAAUUAACUGUUAAAGGUUAGUACUAUUAGUGGAGCAGCAGCACGCACAAUCAUGUGUGCUUACGGACUGUAUCCCUUGCAGACUGUAUUGAUAUAUAAUGUAGGAACCAGAAUAUUAAUAACAGAAAGAAACAACCCUUUUGUGUGAAUGAGUGUGAAUGGGGGAGGGAGGUUUUUUGAGUUGGUGCACUAAUUAUAAGUGUAUCUAGUGUUUUUUAUGUUGAUUUAGUAUUAAAAUAAAAUAAACGAUACCGAUAAUUUCCGAUAUUACAUUUUAAAGCAUUUAUCGGCCGAUAAUAAUAGUCUGAUAUUAUCAGACAUCCCUAGUUAAUAUGUAAUUGUAUGCAGCAAUGUCAUGUAAUUUUAUCCGUCAAAAUGGAGAAUUUCAUACAUUUAGUAAGUGACUUCCAUUGAAAAUAUUAAUUCCAAAAACUGUAAAGCAUGAUCAUGAAAAAGAUCAAUAAGUUUACAUCACAUAUUAGUUUCACAUUUGACCUUGAAUUCCUGAAAUGAGAUGUUUACAGCAGUUUCCCCUGCAGGAAGUAGUCAUGACAUCAUCAGACAUUUAGCAGGUUUUAUUACAAACACAUUCAAGCUGCAUAUUAAUAAGGAAUUAUUACAAGUUUCCUGUGCAUGUGUAAUAUAUACAUUGUGUCUUGGCUAAGGCAUUGUCAAACAUGUUCCCGGUGGAAAAAUGGCUGCCAACAACCCACUUCCUGUCGUGAGUGUUGAAGUUCAAAGGUCAACUCUCAAACACAAAACAAAACAGUGCUGUUGUGAAGUUAAAUAUGUUGGCAAUGUUUUACACAAAAGUACUACAGUUUGUAUGGCUUGUACUCACUGGCAUGUACACAUUUAUAUAUAUAUAUACUGACUAUGUAUUUAUAAAUAUUAGGGCUGGUAAUGUUUACAUGUGUGAUUAGACCCUACUUAGUGACACAUGACACUCCAGACCCUACUUAGUGACACAUGACACUCCAGACCCUACUUAGUGACACAUGACACUCCAGACCCUACUUAGUGACAAGUCAUUCCAAGACUAAUAUUUAAAUCUAGUCCACUAAGUGACACAUGACACUCCAGACCCUACUUAGUGACACAUGACACUCCAGACCCUACUUAGUGACACAUGACACUCCAGACCCUACUUAGUGACACAUGACACUCCAGACCCUACUUAGUGACACAUGACACUCCAGACCCUACUUAGUGACACAUGACACUCCAGACCCUACUUAGUGACACAUGACACUCCAGACCCUACUUAGUGACACAUGACACUCCAGACCCUACUUAGUCACACAUGACACUCCAGAUCCUACUUAGUGGGAAGUCAUUCCAAGACUAAGAAUUAAAUCUAGUCCACCACCAAAGUUUAGCUGACGUCACAAAACACGUUUAGGACAAUUUGCACCCGAACUUGAGAAGUGUAAAUAAUGUGAAUGACAUCAUCCACAUGUAAUAAUGUGAAUGACAUCAUCCACAUGUAAUAAUGUGAAUGACAUCAUCCACAUGUACUAAUGUGAAUGACAUCAUCCACAUGUAAUAAUGUGAAUGACAUCAUCCACAUGUAAUAAUGUGAAUGACAUCAUCCACAUGUAAUAAUGUGAAUGACAUCAUCCACAUGUAAUAAUGUGAAUGACAUCAUCCACAUGUAAUAAUGUGAAUGACAUCAUCCACAUGUAAUAAUGUGAAUGACAUGUUGCUCUGGAUGUGUUUACAUGUUGCAUUUUAAUUCCAGUCAGGCUUUGAAUGAGAUGAAUGAUUGCUCCUCUCACACAGCUGACUGCUAGGUACAAACAAGGAACGAUGUCAUCUGAAAAGGUGAAUAAUCUUGUUUGAAUGUCAACUUGUUUACUUUCUGUUCCUUGUUUGCUAGAUUGUUGCUAAAUGUGCAUUCAUUCUUACUCUAAGCAAAUCAAUGACUUGCAUUUUAGUCAAACGUUUCAAAAUGACAACAAUGACACGCGUGUCUAAAUGUUGCCGUCUUUUCUUAGUGAUGCCAGCCCUAAUAUAUGUAAAUACACACCACUCCUACUUGUGUGACACUUUCAGAAAAGCAAUUUAAAUGAAAUUAAUUUCUUCAGCAAAUGUAAAGUAUUUUUCUAUUUUAUGACAUUCAAGUCAAUUCCUUCAAAAUUCUCCUUUCAAAGUAAAAGAAGACAAAAGUGUGUGAGUUCCAUGUAAAAGUGCUGUGACGUUAGUGAAGAGUAAACACACACACACACAUGCUUAAAGUCUUCCUAUUGCCUUUUGUCCCAUUGUCCUUCCACACAGCAAGUAUUGCGUCACCUCUGUGGCGUGGGAACUUUUUCACAGUUGAAGACGAGAAGUUAGAAAAAAAGACAAAAGAUUGACCUGAAACUGCUGCUGCUGCACAACAACUUUUAUCCUGACGCACGCAUUCAUUACACUUCUCUUGCAGCUGGAAAUGACAAGGACAUUUAUAUUAUAUUAUAUUAUAGCUGCUUCAAUAACUUGCAGCACUUUUUCCACCUUUAGAAGUAUCAUGGGAGGUGCAGCAGCUUGAGUAAAAUCAAGAAGUAAGUGCUGUUCAAAUGUGUACUUAAAUUCUACAACAUUCUAAUCAUGUAA